AUGGCUGCCCGACGAGGAAGCCGCUUCAUCAAGCCGCUGCUCUAUACAGCUGGUGCUGGAGCAGUCGGUACCGCCGCCCUCUACGUUACCCUACGACCUCGCGAUAUCCCCGGCUCGGAAGCCGCCGCAGUCCCGCCGCCCACAUAUGGCGAGGGAGGUGUCUUCCGACCACCACAAUUCCCUUCUGCCAAGAGCCGCGAAGAGCAGAUUGCACAAUUGAAGCGCAGCGCAGGUGUUGUGUCGCAAGUUGCAGAGAAGGCAAAGAAGUGGCUUGGUGGCGGCUCUACACCAUCCGAAAAGGCUGAAGAAGAGCCAUAUGACUUGUUGGUCAUUGGUGGUGGCGCAACCGGAGCCGGUAUCGCGCUAGACGCUGUUACAAGAGGUCUCAAGGUUGCGCUCGUCGAACGCGACGACUUCAGCAGUGGUACUAGCAGUAAGAGCACAAAGCUCGUACACGGUGGUGUACGAUACCUAGAAAAGGCCGUCUGGAAUCUGGACUACAACCAAUAUGCUCUCGUCGUUGAAGCUCUACGCGAGCGUCGUUACUUCUUGGAUACCGCUCCUCAUCUGUCUCAGUGGCUCCCGAUCAUGAUUCCUCUUCAGAAAUGGUGGCAAGCGCCCUACUUCUGGGCUGGUACCAAGUUUUAUGAUUUCCUUGCCGGCUCAGAGAACAUUGAGAGCUCAUACUACAUGACCAAGAGCAAGGCUCUGGAUGCAUUCCCCAUGUUGAAGAAGGAAGGCCUUGUCGGAGCCCUGGUCUACUACGAUGGUGCACACAACGAUUCUCGCAUGAACGUUUCGCUUGCCAUGACUGCUGCGCUAUACGGCGCAACUGUGGUCAACCAUCUUGAGGUCACCAGCCUCGAGAAGGAUGCCAACGGUCGUCUAUGCGGAGCAAAGGCCAAGGAUUGCAUUGCUGAGAGCGACGGCAAGAAGGCUGAAGAGUUCUCGAUCAAGGCCAAGGGUAUUAUCAACGCUACCGGUCCCUUCACCGACUCCAUCCGCAAGAUGGACGACCAAGCCGUGGCCGAAAUCGUCGCCCCUAGCUCCGGUGUUCACGUCAUUCUCCCUGGUUACUACAGCCCUGCAAACAUGGGCCUCAUCGAUCCCAACACUUCUGAUGGCCGUGUAAUCUUCUUCCUGCCAUGGCAGGGCAACACCAUCGCCGGUACAACAGACACUGCUUGUGAUAUCAAGAGAGAUCCUGUUGCUGGUGAGGAGGAGAUUGACUGGAUUCUCAAGGAGGUUAAGCGCUAUCUGCAGCCGGAGAUCAAUGUUCGCCGCGGUGAUGUGCUCGCUGCUUGGUCUGGAAUUCGUCCCCUUGUCCGCGACCCCAACGCGAGCGCGACCGAGGGUCUUGUCCGCAAUCACUUGGUCACCACCUCUCCUUCUGGUCUGAUGACUUGCUCAGGUGGCAAGUGGACUACCUACCGCCAGAUGGCCGAAGAGACCGUCGACGAGGCUAUCAAGGAGUACGGCUUGAAGACUCAGCCGCUCGUGAACCCCACUCUCAUUAGCGGAACUGAGGUCAAGGAUGAAGCUCCUCUUGACGGCACCUGCCAAACCCACCGCGUUCGACUUGUCGGUGCACAUGGCUUCUCCAAGACCCUCUUCAUCAACCUCAUUCAGCAUUACGGCAUCGAAACUGACGUAGCCAAAUACCUCUGCGAGGCAUAUGGUGACCGUGCGUGGACCGUCGCAGCUCUUGCAUCGCCCACUGAGCAGCGCUUCCCUGUCCGUGGCAUCAAGAUGUCUGAGCUCUACCCAUACAUCGACGGUGAGGUCCGCUACUGCGUCCGCCACGAGUACGCCCAAACUGCCACCGACGUAAUUGCGCGCCGUAUGCGUCUCGCCUUCUUGAACGCCCAGGCUGCCCUUGAAGCUCUUCCCAAGGUCAUUGACAUCAUGGCGGAGGAACUAAAGUGGGACAACAAGCGUAAGGAGGUUGAGUGGAAGAACUCUGUUACUUACCUCGGCUCCAUGGGUCUGCCCAAGAGCAAGCUGUCGCUCAGCCGCAAGGAUGUAGAGAGCGGCCACGUGGGCAAGUACACAGAUGAGGAUUACCACCUCUACGCUCGUCACGGUAUGUCAAACUCUGAUGAGGAGGCUUGUGCGAACCUCUUUGCAUUUGGGAUUAGGCUAAAUGAAUUGUUUGCAGAUAAACCCGAUGAGCUGCUGCAGUCGGACAGCAAGUUCCCAAGCGGUCACAACCCCGUCGUUGGCCGUGAAUCCAAGGUCAACAAAUAA